CUGCCCGCAUGGGCGGCUGGCAGGAGGCCCCCAGGGCUGCCAACUUGGGCCAACGGGCCGGGGAGGGCGAGCCGAGCGGCCUGAUGCCACCCACCGUCCCGGCGGGCUCCACCAGGUGCUCAUCUAGAAGCCCACGAUGCCAGGAGAAGCAUCCGUGCCUGUGGUGAUGGACACAGGAUGCUGCGGGAGACCCUCGGAGCUGAGCGGGAGGAAAGCGGUCCUUCGUCCAGGCCGAACCCCCUCUACUUGUGGAUUUUUCCUCUCUGUCCCCGCGGGACCCCGCAACUUUGGCGGCUCAGUGUGAAAGCCCCCGGAUCGUCUCCGAGAAGUUGAUGAAGCCCCCUCUUGGCGAUGCCCCGGCAGGAAUCCGACCCGCGCCCGGAUCUACCCUCCCGUCCUUCAGGGGGAGAGGGCCCGUUCUGCCGCCCUCUGCCCUUUCUGGGCUUUUCAAGGGCCUGAUCUUGUCACACCUCCGUAGGAUUGGCAAAGGAAUGUUCACAAAGAAACCGGGGAACCCUUCCAAAAAGAGAGCCAGCGGCCCGAGCCCCGACGCGCAUGACCCCUCUGAGGGCGGCCCUGCCCCGAUCCCCAAGUUUCCACCCAAGAGCUCCGUCAAGAGACGUUCCGGGUACCCCCCGGGCCAUCACCCGCCCCGCGGCGAGGGCAGCAGAGACUUCUCCCCAUCCCCGACAUCCAGCUACCGGGUGGCCAUCGCCAACGGGCCACGGAAGGAAGGCCCGAGGCCGGCCCGCGAUGGGCCGGAGCCACCUCCCGCGGGGAUCUCGGGGUCUCUGAAUGAGGAGGAGGGCCCCUCCGCAGCCACCAUGCCGGGGAAACGGAACAGGAAGAGCCUGAGCAGCCUCAGCCCCUCGGACGGGAGCUCUGAAGGCGAGCGGGCCCUGCACGGCCUGAAGCUGGGCGCGCUGCGCAAGCUGAGGCGGUGGAAGAAAAGCCAGGAGUGUGUCUCUUCUGACUCGGAGCUGAGCUCGUGGAAGAAGACGUGGGGCCUGAGGAGCAAAUCCCUGGACCGGGCCGGGCGGCCGCAGAAGGCCGGAGAGCUGCAGCCCGGCUUCAGCUCGGCCGGCUGCAUCAGCCAGACGCAGGACAUCAUGGAGCUGAUCUUCAAGGAGCUGCAGGGCAUCGGACAGAUCGAGACGGAGCUGUGCGAGCUGCGGGGCCACGUGGACGCGCUGAAGCGCUCCAUCGACGAGAUCUCCAGCAGCGUGGAGGUGGUGCAGAGCGAGGUGGAGCAGCUGCGCUGCGGCUUCGCCCAAUCCCGCCGUGAGGCCCGGGACAUCCACGACUACAUCCGGCGUCUGGGACCGCUCGGGGGCCGGGGCGGCCUGCGCUUCCUCAACGUGCCCGAGGAGCCGGGGGAGCGUGCCGAGGAUGUCGUCUCGCGGGUCCUGGGGGACAAGAUGGGCCUCUCGGACACCUCGGGCCCCGUCAGGAUCCGGCUAGCCCACCGGCUGGGCCCUCGCCGGGACCGCCCCGACGCCAGGCCGCGGCCCAUCCUGGCCUACUUUGAGACCUCCCAACAGAGGGACCUGAUCCUGAAGAAGUCUUACAAGCUGAAGGGGACGGGCAUCGCCGUGGCGACGGAUGCCCUCCCGUCCGACGGCCGGGAGCGAGGGGAGCGGGGCCUGGUGUCCUCACAGACCUAUGAGAGCAUGGACAUGAGGCCCGACGCGGCGGAACUCCGGACCCGGAAGGGGAGCUGGGGGUACCCCGAGGGCGGCGACCGAGACCCACCGGGCUCGGACGCCGGCGGGAACGGCUGGGCCUCGCCGGCCUUCCGGACCGGGGCGGGCCCCUCGAAGGCCGCAGCCAGGUCUCGUGUGGCCAAGUCCCGUGCCAAGUUCAGCGGGAGGCCCGGCCCACGGUCCCCAGCACCCGGGGGCUCGGACAAGCGGGCCAAGGCCGCCUGGCCCCUCCAGAGCGGCUUCCUCACCCCCAAACUCAGCCGUUCCGAAUCAGACUUCGCCGGGCUGUGCCAGUCGCACUCCGAGGACUUCUCCGAGAGCCAGCUCCGGACGAAUGGGGGCUCCCUCCUGUCCUCAUCAGACCGGGAGUUGUGGCAGAGGCACCCAGACGAGGAGGCGGCGUCCGACUGGGGCGGCAGCCCGCGGGCCCGGAGUUCCCACCAGGCCGCCCAAGACGGCCACGGGCCCGGCGGGCCGGAGGGGAGCUGCGAGGCGACCGACCUCAGGCCGGACCCCGUGUCCGGGGACAGGGAACGGUUCGCCGGCUCCCAGAUCUCCCUCCCCGACGACGACAACCUCACCCCGUGGCAGGAAUGGGACGGGGAGGGCCUAGAAGACGACAGCCUCGUGGGUCCGCAUCCGGACGAGGACGGCAGCCCUCGCGCGGACCUCCCGGAAGACACGGAGAGCUACGACUUCACCCUGGACGACGACUCUUCGCCCUGCCCCGGGCUGGACGGCGACAGCGGUGGCGACUGGGCCGGCCGGGACGAGGCCUUCCCCGGCACCGGGCCUGACCGGCCUUACCCGGAUCGCCUGCUCGGGAUGAACCGGAGCCAGAGCGAGCUGCAGAGCGACGACUCGGAGGAGGCCCCCGCCAAGUCUUGGCACAGUCGCCUCAGCGUCGACCUGGCCGACAAGGCCUUCAGCUUCCCCCGCUUCGGGUCCACGCUCCAGCGGGCCCGGUCAGCCUUGGAGGUCGUGUGGACCAAGAGCACCCAGAGCCUCAGCGGGAACGAGGACAGCGGCUCCUCCUUCAUGGGGAGGUUGAGGACGUUGUCCCAGUCGACGGCCAACGAGUCCAGCACGACUCUGGACUCGGAUGUCUACACCGAGCCGUACUACUACAGGGAGGAGGACGGGGACGGGGCUCGGGAGGAGGGCUUCGGCCAGGCCGGCGGCGAGCGGGAGACAGAUUACGUGGAAGUGAUGGAGCAGGUCCUGGCCAAACUGGAAAAUCGGACCAGCUUGUCGGAGAUGGACGACCAAGCCCAGGAGUAUGAGAUCCCCUCCUCCGGGACCCCCUACGCCACGCCGCAGGAAGAGGACUUCGAUGGGUACGAGGGGCAGGGGGACGACCUGGGCAGCCCGGACCUCCCGGGACCCGCCGGCGAUCCGGCCGGGCCCGGGGCGGUGGGGGAGGACGAGAACCAGAACGUUCCCGAAGAGCCCCCAGACACACCCAAGAAGAAGAGGGUCCGGCCCUCUUUUAAGGAGGCGGCCCUGAGAGCCUACAGGAAGCAGAUGGCGGAGUUGGAGGAGAAGAUCCUGGCUGGAGACAGCAGUUCUGUGGAUGAAAAGGCUCGAAUAGUAAGUGGAAAUGGUUUGGACGCUUCCCAAUUCUAUGCACUCCAGGCGUUCGGUGGGGCUGGGAGAGGCCUCUACGGGAUUGACAGCAUGCCGGAUUUGCGGAGGAAGAAAACUUUGCCCCUUGUCCGAGAUGUGGCCAUGACCUUGGCUGCCCGGAAAUCUGGAAUCUCGCUCGCCAUGGUCAUCCGCACGUCUCUAAACGACGAGGAGUUGAAGGUGCACGUAUUCAGGAAGACGCUGCAGGCCCUGAUCUACCCGAUGUCGUCCACGAUGCCGCACAACUUUGAGGUGUGGACGGCCACGGCUCCCACCUACUGCUACGAGUGCGAAGGGCUCCUGUGGGGCAUCGCUCGCCAGGGCGUCAAAUGCACCGAGUGUAGCGUCAAAUGCCACGAGAAAUGCCAGGACCUACUCAACGCCGAUUGUUUGCAAAGGGCCGCUGAGAAGAGCUCCAAACACGGAGCGGAGGACAAGACCCAGAACAUCAUCACGGCGAUGAAGGAAAGGAUGAAGAUUAGAGAGAAAAACAGACCCGAGGUCUUCGAGGUGAUCCAGGAAAUGUUCCAGGUUUCAAAGGAAGAUUUCGUGCAGUGCACGAAGGCAGCCAAGCAGAGCGUGUUGGAUGGGACGUCUAAAUGGUCGGCAAAAAUCACCAUCACAGUGGUGUGUGCCCAGGGCCUGCAGGCCAAAGACAAAACGGGAUCGAGCGAUCCCUACGUCACGGUGCAGGUGGGAAAGAACAAGAGGAGAACGAAGACGAUCUUCGGGAACUUGAAUCCGGUGUGGGAUGAGAAGUUCCAUUUCGAGUGUCACAACUCCACUGAUCGCAUCAAAGUCAGAGUGUGGGACGAAGACGACGACAUCAAAUCCAGAGUCAAGCAACACUUCAAGAAGGAGUCCGAUGACUUCUUGGGGCAGACGAUUGUGGAAGUGAGGACGCUCAGCGGAGAAAUGGACGUCUGGUACAACUUAGAGAAACGGACCGACAAAUCGGCUGUCUCUGGCACCAUCCGGUUGAAGAUCAAUGUGGAGAUAAAAGGCGAGGAGAAGGUUGCCCCGUAUCACGUCCAAUAUACAUGUUUACAUGAGAACCUGUUCCAUUACUUGACGGAAGUGAAGGCCAGCGGCGGCGUGAAGAUUCCCGAAGUCAAAGGCGACGAAGCCUGGAAGGUGUUCUUCGACGACGCGCCCCAGGAGAUCGUCGAUGAGUUUGCCAUGCGCUACGGCAUCGAGUCCAUUUACCAAGCGAUGACGCACUUUUCCUGUCUGUCCUCCAAAUACAUGUGUCCCGGGGUGCCUGCUGUCAUGAGCACAUUGUUGGCAAACAUCAACGCGUUUUACGCUCACACGACCGUCACCACCAACGUCUCGGCCUCCCAUCGUUUUGCCGCUACCAACUUUGGUAGGGAAAAGUUCAUAAAGCUGCUGGACCAGUUGCACAACUCCCUGAGGAUCGACCUGUCCAAAUACAGGGACAACUUUCCAGCCAGCAAUCCCGAGAGACUUCAGGACCUGAAAUCCACCGUUGACCUGCUUACCAGCAUCACCUUUUUUCGCAUGAAGGUUCUGGAACUGCAAAGCCCGCCCCGGGCCAGCACUGUAGUCAAGGACUGUAUCCGAGCCUGCCUGGACUCCACGUACAAAUACAUUUUUGACAACUGCCAGGAACUGUACGCUCAGCUCAUAGACACGAGUAAGAAACAGGAUAUCCCUCGUGAAGACCAAGGGCCGACUACGAAGAAUUUGGACUUCUGGCCCCAGCUCAUUACUCUGAUGGUCACGAUUAUCGACGAGGACAAGACAGCGUACACUCCAACCUUGAACCAGUUCCCUCAAGAGCUGAACAUGGGGAAAGUGAGUGCCGAGAUUAUGUGGACCCUCUUUGCCCAGGAUAUGAAGUACGCGCUUGAAGAACACGAAAAGCAGCGCUUAUGUAAGAGUACGGAUUAUAUGAAUUUGCACUUCAAAGUGAAAUGGUUUUAUAAUGAAUAUGUGCGCGAACUCCCUGCCUUCACUGAUGCGGUUCCGGAAUACUCUUUGUGGUUUGAACCUUUCGUCAUCCAGUGGUUGGACGAAAACGAAGACGUGUCGAUUGAGUUCCUCCACGGGGCCUUGGGAAGAGACAAAAAAGACGGAUUCCAGCAGACCUCUGACCACGCCCUCUUCUCCUGCUCUGUGGUCGACGUCUUUGCCCAGCUCAACCAGAGCUUUGAGAUCAUCAGGAAGCUGGAGUGCCCGAACCCAGAAUCCCUGUCUCACUUGAUGAGAAGGUUUGCCAAGACGAUCUGUAAAGUCCUGCUGCAGUAUGCUGCGAUUGUGUCCAGGGAUUUCCACUCAUACUGUGAUAAAGACAAUACGCCCUGCAUCCUGAUGAACAACAUCCAACAGCUCCGGGUCCAGCUGGAAAAGAUGUUUGAAUCCAUGGGCGGGAAAGAGAAGAAAGAAGCAGAGAGAUUCUUUUAUGAGCUGGACCCUGAGGCAAGUACGAUUCUCAAAGAACUCCAAGUAAAACUCAACAGCGUCUUGGAUGAACUCAGCGUCACCUACGGGGAAAGUUUCCAGCUCACAAUUGAAGAGUGUGUCCGGCAGAUGUCUGUGGAGCUGAAUCAAAUGAGGGGGAAUGGAACUCCGGCUUCCAACCGGAAUCAUGCCGCUAUGGAAGCCGAGAUUGUCUUGAGGCCCCUCAUGGACUUCUUGGACAAGACGUUGAGUCUCUCUGCGAAGAUCUGUGAGAAAACCGUCCUCAAGCGGAUUUUGAAAGGGCUGUGGAAACUGGUGCUGAACAGAAUCGAAAAGCAGAUCAUCCUACCUCCUCUGACAGAUCAGACGGGGCCUCAGAUGAUUUUCAGCGCGGCUAAAGAUCUCGGACAAUUAUCCAAACUGAAGGACCACGUGAUUCGAGAGGAAGCGAAAGGCCUGACGCUGAGGCAGUGUGCCGCCUUGGAGGUCGUGCUGGUCACCAUCAAGCAAUAUUUCCACGCCGGAGGAAGUGGACUGAAAAAGAACUUUCUGGAAAAGAGCCCGGACCUGCAGUCCCUCCGCUACGCACUCAACCUGUACACGCAGACUACCGACACCUUGUUAAAGAAAUUCAUAGACACACAGACCUCUCAGAGUCGCUCCCCCAACAACUCGGUGGGUCAGAUAUCCGUCCAGGUGGACCUCACGACCGUCCCAGGGACCGGGGAACACAAGGUCACCGUGAAAGUCGUGGCCAUCAGCGACCUGAACUGGCAGACCACCGCCAUGUUCCGCCCCUUCGUGGAGGUGUGCAUCCUGGGGCCCAACCUCGGGGACAGGAAACGGAAGCAGGGCACCAAAACCAAGAGCAACACCUGGUCCCCCAAGUACAACGAGACCUUCCAGUUCGUCCUGGGCAGCGAGGACCAGCCGGCGUCCUACGAGCUUCACCUGUCGGUGAAGGACUACUGCUUCGCCAGAGAGGACCGCAUCAUCGGCAUGACCGUGAUCCAGCUCCAGGACGUGGCGGAGAAGGGGAGCGUGGGAGCGUGGUACCCUCUCCUCAGGAGCGUCUCCAUGGACGAGACAGGCUGGACCAUCCUGAGGAUCCUCUCCCACAGGACCCACGAUGACGUGGCCAGGGAAUUUGUGAGGCUGAAGUCGGAGACGAGGUCCAGCGAAGAGGUGGCCUGAAGCGGGGCCCCUCCCCUCGCCGGGUGACUGGAGCAUGCGUGUGCAAUUCGGCGGGAACGUCCAAUAACUCGGUGAGGAGUCUCCAAUUCAGCCAGGCACGAGGGCCGGUUUGCUCCUCUCUCCCCGUUCGGGCCUUCGGAAGCCGGAGCGUUCCUCCAAGUGCCAACACGGAGAUCAAAAGUGAACUCCCGAGAGCGUCUUUCCAAACGUCGAGUUCAUUCCGCGCCUCUCCCCUUCCACCCGUAUUAAUAAACAAUUAGACUUCUGCGUUGGUUUGUUAGACGUCUGUUAGGUACCCGUGCGAUGCUUCUCUUCUACUCAGUGAUUCCCAAACCCACAUCAGUCCCGUGUCUUCCCCCAUCCUCAUUUUCGAUGUCUAACCGAUAACUUUUUCUACCCUCACUAGACCUGCAGGUCCUUCUAGAGUGUGUUUGUAAUUUUAUAACGAAGUAACCGAUUUUUUGCAGACAAAUGAAAUAGAAAAGGUGGGAGACAUUUUAGGCCGUCUUCCAACCUUUCUGAUAUAUCACUGUGAAGAAAUGCUAUUUAAAGCAAUGCUAAUCCCUGUUUGUUACUGACGUUUGAUAUCUCAGAUCCUUUAGUUCCUCAUCACGUCCAGGCUCCCGUCCCAUCCGUGGUAGAAAACGGUAAGUUUGGGUGUCUACAGGGUUGGGUGUGCGGGGAAGCGGAGAGAAGAGCUACGGUCCGCCGGGUUUCUGUGUUGUUUCAAAUUUCAGUUUUUGAAAAAUGAUGCAGUCUAAGAGUGCAAGAGGCGACAGUUCAGAUAAUGUUAGCAUCGUGCCAUUUGAGCAGUGAGAGAUACCACUCUACAUGCUUAGCUGUAAGCCCCGGUUAAGUGCUUUAUUUCCAUUUUUUUAAGAAAUGUUCAACAGUUUGUACCGAUGCAACGUUACUCUGUAUUGCACUGAAGCGAAAAUGUAUGUCUUGUACAUAUAUUUAGUGGGAAAUGUAAAAUAAAGCCUGGAGAACCGG